AUGAGAUCUGAGUUGUUGCCACAGCCAGUUGAGGUGUCUAUGCCAGUUGGCGACUCUAUUGUUGCUAAUCAUGUCUAUCGAGGUUGUAUAGUGUUAAUUAAUGACCGUCCAACUUCUGUUGAUUUAGUGGAAUUGGUUAUGCUAGACUUCGAUGCCAUUAUGGGUAUGGAUUGGUUGGCAGCUUGUUAUGCUAAUAUUGAUUGUCGUGCAAAGUUGGUCCGAUUUCAUUUUCCAGGUGAGCCUGUCCUUGAAUGGAAAGGUAAUGCAGCCACGCCUAAAGCUUUUCUUGGUCAUGUUAUUACCAGCGAUAGUAUCAAGGUUGAUGGCCAAAGGAUUGAAGCUGUGAUGACUUGGCCGAGGACCUUGAAUCCGACAGAGGUUCAUAGCUUUUUAGGCUUGGCAAGGUAUUACCGAAGCCGGAAGUCCAUGGGCAGUCUAAGCCAUGUUGAAGCUGAUAAGGUCAAGAUGACCAAAUAUCUAUGCCAGCUAGCUAAUUUGCAGGUGCGUUUGGUAGAUGCAGAGGGUGGACGCAUUCUCGUUCAGAAUACAACAAAAUCUUCUUUUGUUACUGAAGUGAAAGAGCGACAACACGAGGAUCUUGAGCUUAUAAAAUUGAGGGAAAGUAUUCCACAGCAGCGACAACCUUUAUUUGAGCUAACUAGAGAUGGAGUCCUUAGAUACCAGGGCCGCUUAUGUGUACCGACAGUCAGAGAGCUCCGCGUCAAGAUUCUUUCGGAGGCCCAUUAUUCUAGAUAUGCAGUUCACCCUAGAGAGACAAAGAUGUAUCAGGACCUUCGACAGAUCUAUUGGUGUAAUGGAAUGAAAAAAGAUAUCGCAGAGAUGGCAACCCAAUGUCCUAACUGCCAGAAAGUUAAAGCCGAACAUCAGAGGCCUGGAGGCCUAACUCAGUGUAUUGAACUUCCAUUAUGGAAAUGGGACACGAUAAAUAUGGACUUCAUCACCGGUUUGCCUCGCACUCCACGGAGGACGACAUAUUCAGCCAAGGAUUAUGCCAAGCUUUACAUUCGGGAGAUUGUGCGCCUUCACGAGGGCGUCAUGCGAUUUGGAAAGAAGGGGAAGCUCAGCCCCAGGUAUGUUGGACUGUAUAAGAUUAUUCUGAGGAUUGGUAGGGUGGCGUACGAGCUUGAUUUGCCUUCAGAAUUGGGAGCAGUCCAUCCUGUGUUUCAUGUAUCUAUGUUGCGGAAGUGCAUUGGAGAUCCUUCAUGUAUUACGCCCAUUGAGGAUAUUCACAUUGCUGAAGACUUAUCUUACGUAGAGGUACCAAUAGUUGUUUUAGAUCGGCAAGUAAGAAAGCUUCGAACUAAAGAAGUGGCUUCCGUGAAAGUGUUAUGGCGAAAUAACAAUAUCGAGGAAAUGACCUGGGAGGCUGAGGAGGAAAUGAGGAAGAAGUACCCCUACCUAUUUACGACUUAA